UUUUAUUAUUUUGUGCGCCGCUCCACUGAUUCUUCCUCUCAUCCUCUCUUCCUCAUCCUAGGACCAAAACCUAAAAGCCCUGUUCAUCUCCUCAUUCUCUGAUCCUUAUCCCCUCUCAUUUUCAUCCUCUAAGGCCUGUCAUUUCAAUUACAAUCUGCCACUUUCUUCUCAAACCCUAUUUGUUCAUCUCUUACUUUCUCUAUUUUCGAUUUUCUGUUCUCUAUUGAUCCGCCAUUGUCAUUGUUGUUCAUUGCUCACAAGCUUUUCGUCGUUGAUCUUCAGGUAAUCAUGCUUUAUAUUUUGAUGAAAUUGUACCCGUGAAUACCACCAAUCCUCAUUCCUUGCCAUCCUAUCUAUCCUCUUACUUCAUUCCCAAGAACCCUAAAUUGCGAUACCCUUUUAGUAAGACGUUGUUUACCCUCCGAAUUAGUUAGUGCUGAUAAUACUCGAACCCCUUGCUCUAUUUCCCGUUCGGCAAGGGAUGCUGCUAUUAGAAAGCUCAAGCAAUCUUCUGAUUUGAGCUAUGCACUUUUAAGAAAUAAUUAGAGAUCAAGCCCUUGGUGCAACUCAUGAAGUUUUGACUCCAUUUCUGCAGUUGUAAAAAUGAUUUCUACGCAGCUUAAUACUGUAGCAUGCCCUAAGGGUUGUCUGAUUAGCAUACACAACAAAAGAGGAUUACACUCAUUACCACUGGUUCCUGCAACAUUUGUUUUCUGUCCUCCAUUGAAAUUUCCGGGUCCAAUAAAGGUCACAAGCAAUGCGUUUAAAUGGAAACAGAGUGUGCCUGUUUGUUCAUCUGGUGGGCAAGCUAGAGCUGGAAAUGGAAAUCAGGAACCUCUGUGGAAAUCUUUUGGAAAAGCAUUUGAAAAUUUUGGGAAAAAAUCUGCAGUAGAUGUGUUAAAACGGCAGAUUGAGAAGCGGGAAUACUAUGAUGAAGGCGGAAUUCCUCCAGGCGGUAAAGGCGGUGGUGGAAGUGGUGGCAGCGGUGGUUUUGGUGGAUUAGGUGGCUCUGAGGAGGAAGGCUCCUCCGGAGUAUUGGAUGAGACUAUACAAGUGGUCAUGGCGACCUUGGGUUUGAUCUUUUUGUACGUGUAUAUCAUCCGUGGCGCUGAGAUGAGAUUGCUAGCUAAGGACUUCAUCAAGUAUAUAUUUGGAGGCAAACCGAGUAUUCGUCUAUCGCGUGUAUUGAAAAAAUGGGAGAGAAUUUUCAAGAGUUCUAGAGGAAAGGAGAUUAUGGUUGAUAGAUAUUGGUUGGAACGGGCCAUCAUCUUGACGCCUACAUGGUGGGAUCAUCCUGAAAAAUACAAGCGCAUCCUCAUCCAAAGCAUUCAAUCGACAUCUGGGCAAUCCACGUCUGGUCAAUCGACGUCUGGUCAAUCGACGUCUAAGCAAUCGACUUCUAGGCAAUUGACUGACCCCGAGUAUGAUGAACGCGGUUAUGACCUUGGCUAUAUGAGUGAAGAAGAGUACUAGGUUCUCAAAUUUGUAAAUUUUGAUAAGUAGUAUUAUCUAUUGUUUUCUAUUCUUCGGUUAUGGUUUUUAUGAGUGGGAGAUAUUAGGUAUGAUGAUAACUCUAGAGAACAAACUUUACGUCAUAUUUUCAGCUUAUUUUUUAAUUCAGUUUAGUUUUAAUCA